GUACCACAAUCUUCUCCAUCUAAUUAUCCAUUGACCCCGAUAGAGAUUCAUCGAAGUCGUGAUUUGUGGGUGAAGAUCAUACAGCAAGCAUGGUUUCGCGAAGAGAUACGGCUCAUCCUACGAGAAGAACAACUGCCGAAAUCCAAUUUCCUGGUGCGACUUACGCCAUUUAUAGAUAAGGAUGGAUUAUUACGAGUCGGUGGGCGUCUCCAUUACGCUCAGAUCGAUAUCGAAGCUAAACAUCAGCUCAUUCUACCUAGAAGGUCGCCACUAACGACACUCGUCAUCGGUGAUGCUCACCGGAGAUCGCUCCACGGGGGCACUCAAGUUACCCUAAGCCUCUUGCGCGAAAUCUUUUGGAUUAUUGGUGGAAGAGCGCCUGUAAGAUCUUACAUACUGAGAUGCGGACGUUGCGCUCGCUAUCGCGGCAUUCGAGCAAGGCAGCUUAUGGGUCAAUUACCAACGGCCAGAGUGACUUCAGCGAGGCCUUUCUACAAUUCAGGUCUUGACUACGCCGGUCCCGUGACGCUGAGAACUUGGAGAGGGCGGGCGGCGCGGUCCUAUAAAGGCUACUUCGCCAUCUUCGUUUGUCUCACUACAUCGGCUGUGCAUAUCGAAGUAGUCACGGAUUAUACUACGGAUGCGUUUAUUGCUGCCUAUAAACGGUUCGCUGGAAGAAGAGGCAUAUGCGCAACACUGCAAAGCGACUGUGGUACGAAUUUCGUGGGAGCGGACGUAGAGUUAAAACGCUUAUUUGCACAAUCUUCCAAGGAGCUUGGCAGCCUCGCCUCGCUUCUAGCCAACGACCGUACCGAGUGGAGGUUCAACCCUCCAUCAGCUCCACACUUUGGAGGAAAAUGGGAGGCUGCUGUAAAAUCCGUGAAGUUCCAUCUGCGACGUGUACUGGGAGACACCGCCGUAACGUAUGAGGAGAUGACUACCAUCACCACUCAGAUUGAAGCG